AUGACACUUUCAGCGCCGUUCAGAGAUGCAUCCCUCUCUAAGUCUUCCACAUACUGGGUUCUUUCUCACUCUCGUCCACCAAACAACAUAUUGCAUCCCUUCAGGAUAUCAUCUCUGCUCCUCAUAAUCGACCUAUAUCACCAUCAAUACCAGGCUGUUGUCACUGAGAACAGAAAGCCAUGGACAGUGGGACAAAUCUCUGCCAAGGCAGGCAGCACUGCCCCAAAGACGAUCAAUGGCAGCUGUGUCAAACGACAGCUGGACAAUAUUCCUCGUGAUUGCACAUCCAUCAUCAUCUCCAAAAAGACACCCUCAAAGGAGGACUGGGUGCUCAUAGGAAGACAUCUGACCCGCAUUACAGAUCUCAAGCUGUCAUUCCAUUCUUCAUUCGAUUCCAAAGAAGAUUUGUGUGACAAUAUCCCUCCUCACUGGCCGCUGAAACGGCUGGCGCUAGUUGACAUAUCCGGUCAGGCAGUGAAUACACCCUUCAUUAUCCACGGACAAGUCAAGCAUCUGCUUCUGGCAUUCACCUUCGAGUUGAGGUUCGACAGCCCAACAAAUAAGGAGUUUCAUAAGAAAAACGCGGAAUUAUGUAAAAAAGAACCAGCGAUUACCCAGAUCUAUGGUCCUGAAGGAGUUCCUCUCCGCGAAAUGGGUCAGAAGUUUUUGGAGGCAAAGAUUGCGGAGGAACAGAAACAAGGUCUGGUAUCCAAUGGCAGUGACGCGUUACAGGCCCAUCAAUCGCCGAAGUUGGAGACACUGGAAAUUAUCGAGAAUGACGCACAUGAUGUCCUGAUUCGACUGUUGGCUUGUUCAAGGAAGAUGCUCACAUGCCUCACAACAUUCAACUUCUGCUCCACCAAUGGUUACGACUUUUACACCCACAGGACAGGCCUCAGGGAUGUUCUCUGUGUGCUCAGAAAGCUCAAAUCUCUGACACUCGUUCUGGGUUAUGAGUGUGAGAGACCAGAAGAUCUCACAAAACUAUAUACCAGACUUCCACAGAGCCUGGAGAAGCUGCACUUUCGAGGCCCGGUCUCGUUGGCAAAGAGUGAAUCGUGGCCAGAGUGGAUUCAGGCAUUCGGAGAUCCGAAAUUUCUCCCAAGGCUUUAG